AUUGGUUGGCCAUAAACUACUGUAGCUGGAGAGCUGUAUCAUGUUCCUCAGCAAGUGCCACUGUACAUGAGUGGCACUGGAGGAGCGAAGAAACAUGUCAGCCAGCUGUAUGCACAUUCACUUAAAGUGAAAGGUUUUGUCAGUAUCGUCCUUUGUCGUCCGUGUUCAGGUGCAAAUGUGAUCUGACUUUUCUUGUCUUCUAAGUGAUUGUGGCGUAGCACCCACCACCACCACCACCAUGGCCUCAGAGGGUCCGGAGACUGACAUACUGGAUGAUCCACUGCUCAUCUUGGAGAGUGGGGAGGUGUAUAGAAACCCCACUGAAGUGAAGAUGAGCCAGAUUGUGCUGCCCUGCCAUGCCAACCACUGUGGGGAACUCAGUGUUGGUCAGCUGCUCAAGUGGAUGGACUCGACUGCCUGCCUGUCUGCUGAAAGGCAUGCUGGGUGUUCCUGCCUUACGGCCUCUGUUGAUGACAUCCACUUUGAACACACCAUAGGGGUAGGACAAGUUGUCAACAUCAAGGCUAAAGUCAACAGAGCCUUCAACUCCAGCAUGGAGGUGGGGAUUUUGGUAAGCUGUGAGGACCUCUUCAGUGACCAGCAGUGGAAGGUAUGCCACGCGUUUGCUACCUUCGUGGCCCGACGCACAGAAGCCGGGAAGGUGCAGCUGAGGCAGGUGGUCCCAUUCACACAGACAGAGAAGAUAGAGUACAGCAUUGCUGCUGAAAGGAGGCGGAUGAGGCUGAUCCAUGCUGAGACUGUCACGGAUCUGCUGAGUAAUGACACUGUCCACGAAGUGAGAGAGUGUCAGGAGUACGAGGACGCCGUGCCUGCAGAGCGGACGCGGGUGGAGAGCGUGGAGCUGGUGCUGCCCCCUCAUGCCAACCACCAGGUGAACACCUUCGGGGGUCAAAUCAUGGCCUGGAUGGAGAACGUGGCCACCAUUUCAGCAAGCCGUCUCUGUAGUGCUCAUCCCACCCUGCGGACAAUCGACAUGUUUCAUUUUCGAGGCCCAUCCCAAGUCGGAGAUCGUCUUGUUCUGAAGGCCAUUGUUAACAAUGCCUUCAGGAAGAGCAUGGAGGUGGGUGUAUGUGCGGAGGCGUAUCAGGGCGGAGAGCACGUGCGGCACAUCAACAGUGCCUUCAUGACCUUUGAGGUUCUGGACGAGGAGAGGAGGCCGUGCACGCUGCCCCGAAUAAGACCUGAGCCUGUGGACGGGAAGAGGCGCUAUCAAGAGGCCAUUGCAAGGAAGAAGAUCAGACUGGAUAGAAAAUACAUGAUCUCCUGCAGGCAAAUGGAGGUGCCAUUGUCUGUUCCGUGGGACCCCAGCAAUCAGAUUUACCUCAGCUAUAACAAUGUGUCUGCCUUGAAGCUGCUGGCAGCCAAAAGCAACUGGGUGCUGAACUCCGAGAAAAACAAGGUGAGCCUGUACACCCUGGAAGAGAACCAGGCCCUGUGUUUUAAGGUGGAGACCCAUGUGGAUGUCCCAGCAGAGAAAGCCUUCGUGUUGCUGUCUGACCUGAGUCGCCGGCAGGAGUGGGACACGCACUAUGAGAAGUGUGAGCUGAUUAUCCCGGUGGAUGAGGACGAUACAAUCUACCGUGUGGUCACUCCUUCAGUCAGAAAGGGCAGCAAUGUCCAAGACUUCAUCCUGCUGGCGUCCAGGAGGAAACCCUUUGGCACAGGUGACCCGUACGUGAUUGCUUUGCGCUCUGUUACACUGCCCACACAUCCCCCCACGGAUGAUUACAACAGGGGCGAGGUACUUUGUGCAGGGUUCACAAUUUGGGAGGUUUCCAGUACUGUCACCAAGAUCUCCUACUACAAUCAGGCCACUCCCGGAGUCCUUCCCUAUAUUUCCACCGACAUCGCUGGGCUGUCCUCUGGGUUUUACUGCACCUUUUCCUCCUGUAGCCAGUUCCUUGAGAAGAACAAGGAUAGUCCAGCCACCCUUGCAUUGUAACUGUAUAAUGGUGAGAUCCUGCCAAGCCUGGGGUGCGGCAGAGUUCCGCAGCCUGGACCCACGUCUCUGGAAUCACUGUCUGAACAGCACUGAUAUUGCAUUUCAAAUGAGUAACGUACACAGAUUUUCUGAAUCUUUUCAUUCAAACUUUGAUCACUGCUUUUAUUUGCUAGUAACGAGGGCGAGCGAUGAUUGUACGAGGUUAUAGCCUCAGUCCACUUCUGUUACUGGAACAGUUUUGAAGGGGAUACAGUUUCUGGUUUUAAUAAAAAGGAGAGCAACUGUCUUUUUUGUAUUUUCAAGAUAUCUUUAUGGAAGAAAGUCAUGGUGAACAAUUUUAUCUUGGUAUAUUCUAGUAAUUGAGACAAUAAGUUAUUUAAAUUAUUAAGAAUUGCUUUAGUUGGUAAGAUUUCAGUGAUGUGAUGCUGUUUUAUAGUUGUUUAAGAAUGAGCAUCCACUGAUUUAAAUAUUUUGCACAAAAUAUUUAAAAUGUGACUGUUUGACUGUGAAAGUAUAGUGCUGAAGAUAGGACUGGUUUAUUAAUUAUUGUACGCAGGCAGCACAUAUGUGUGUUUGUAUUUGUAACUUUUUGAGUUGAGUUCAGUGCAUUGAAUGUACAAUACUAUUAUUGUAGAGUGUUUUGUUGUAAAGUGUUUUCUACCUCAAAUAUGUCUGGGCUCUAUUUUUAUGAUGCAAAAUUAGUCAGGCAAGCACUGGUGCAGAUCAACAAAAUUGACUUUGGUAUUUUAACAACAUUAAAGAUAAAGAUUUUUGAUUUGUUUUAUCUAUUAAAUGUAUUACAAUUGGUUUGAUGCUGUUAUAUAGUGGUAUAUAGACAUAUGUCUGUUAAUUAUUUUCACUAAUAUUAUUAGGUUUACACAGCACCACUGUUCUUCUUAGUAUUAUUUAUAAAAUGAAAUACAGUUUACUUAAAACAGUGGAUAAACCAACUUGAUGUACUUAUAAACAUGGAAAAUGUUUUUAACAAGUGUUCUAAUCGAUUGAGGCAUUGAAAUGAAUUCCAAAUCAUUUAAAGAGCAAGAAGAGCAUUUAAAGAGCAUUUUUUAUGCUGUCCUCCAUUUCAGAGCAUCAUAAUGUGUGGGACAUAUUAAUGUCAUGCAAAUAAAAGUAGUCAUGUUUA